AUAUUGAAAAUGAUGAAAAUGCUAAAUAUUAUAAUCAGGAUGAUGAAUUAGAUGAUCAAUUAACCCAGACAUCCGAUGGAAAUACAUCUACUAAUUCAUACAAAAAUACAGGAAAACUAUCACCUUUGUGGCAACAUUUUAGCUUCGACUCUAACCAUCCUGAUAUUUUUAUUUAUGAUAAAUGUAGUCAAAAGUUUUUAUCUAAGAGUGGUAAUUCUAGUUUAGAGAGGCAUUUAAGUAGUCAAUAUAAUAUUAUCAUUUCAAAGAUUAAAUGCUAUCAAACAAAAUUACCAUUUGUUCAUAAUAAUUCAUAG